AUGUCUUCAACAAAAACUGAAGCUGCCACAGCGUUCGUCGGAAAAGUAUUGAAAUUAGUUCGGAGUAAACAAAAUUUACGAGUUGCCAUCAUCGGAAGAGAAAAUGUAGGAAAAAGCACUCUAUUUAAUUCAUUAUUAGGAAGACAACAUUCCAUUGUACAUAAUUCUCCAGGUGUUACUCGGGAUUGCCAAGAAGCAAAAACUGUCAUUCGACUGAAAUAUCCAAUGAACAUUUCUCAAGUCGUAUUUGAUAAAAAGGAAAAUAAGAGGCUCAUCAAGAAGAUUUCUUGCACGUUUAUUGAUACUCCCGGAGCUAAUUAUAUGGAUAGUAUCAUUCAACAAACUCAAGAUACCAUUGCCAGUUCUCAUGUAGCACUUCUCGUAACGGAUUGCAAAGAUGGACUUCAAAAGUGGGAUUAUCAUGUAGCCAAUUAUUUGGAAAUGAAAGGAAUUCCAGCGUUGCAUAUAUUAAAUAAGUGUGAUGGACCCUUGACGAGAGGAGAUGGUGAAGAAUUAGAUAAGGUGAUUUCCGAGAAUACUAUUGCUUCUCUCGGAAAGCCAAUUCCUGUUUCAAGUGAGAUGAAAAUCGGAAUGGAUCAUAUCAUUUCAUAUGUUCAAGCCUUCCAUUUCUUAACAGAUAGUAUGAGUUCUACAGCAUUGGAACAGACUCGACAAGAAUUGUAUGAUUCUGUGAUUGAGAAAUUCAAUACACUACCUUUGAGAGAAUCAUAUGGCUCUCCUAUAUUUGAUCAUGAUGGAAUUUUAUGUGAAAGUGAAAUGGACACAAUGGAACAAGAUAAUGAAGCACGAUAUUUCCAACCAUUUAGAGGAGAAUAUGAAAAAUUGCCUUACAUGCGUCAUGCUACUGGAAUUGAGAGAAUACAACCAUCGUCUUCGUAUUUGGAAUCUCCUCCCAAAUUAUGGAAAGAAAGAGCUAGGCAUCACGAAGACAGUAUGGAUUUAACACCUCAAAAUUAUAGAAAUAUUUUGGAAAAUGGUGUCGCUUCGACACAAGCAUCAAUAACUAGAGCUCAGCAGAAAACGUCUUCGAUGGUAGCAACCACUGCAUCAUCAUCUCAACAAUUGGCCAAUGAAGAUGAAGACUUUGAGCAACCAGAAGACAUUGAAGAAGAGCCAAUGGUCAAUUCAAGUGGUCUCGCUGAAGACAAUAUUAUGAGACUGGCCAUUAUUGGUAGGCCAAAUGUUGGCAAGAGUACUCUCCUUAAUCACAUUAUUGGUGAGGAGAGAACAAGAACGUCAAGCACACCAGGAACAACAAGAGAUACCAUCGAAAUUGAAGCUAUCAAUGAAAAGACAGGUCAGCAUUAUAUUAUUUGUGACACUGCAGGUAUACGAAAAAAGAAGUAUACCGAAACAGAUAGAAUUGAGAAAAUGUCGCUGCAAGACACAUAUAGAACGAUCAAAUAUGCUAAUGUGUGCUGUCUUGUGGUUGAUCCAACACAGAAUGCAGCAACUUCGAGUUACGGCCUCACACAACAAGAUUUGGAUAUUGCCAGAAUGGUUGAACAAGAAGGACGAGCUCUCGUCAUUGCAUGCAACAAGUGGGAUCUUGUCAAACAACCAUAUGUAGUAGCUCAACAAGUUGAAUCACAAAUAGAGAGCUCUCUUGCUCAAUUGCAAGGAAUUUCUGUAGUUGUUUGUUCAGCCAAGUCAGGAAAGAACUUGGCCUUACUUCUCAAAGAAUGUGAAAAAGCCUACCAAAAAUGGGCAUCCAAAGUACCAACCAACAAACUUAAUGCUUUUAUAAGACAAUAUUUAGAAACGAAACCAAUCCCAGCUAGUUAUCCAAAAAUUAGAUAUCUGUCACAAGUGGCCAUUAGACCGCCCACAUUUUGCAUCCACACACAAAACAAGAAAUUCCCUCCUAACUUUGAAAGACAAAUUGUAAAUGCUAUUCGAGAGGAGUUCGAUUUAGGAGGAGUACCAUUUCGUGUAAUCCAAAAAUUAGGCCGACGAAAAGAUAAGAACAAGACAGAAGAUCAAUAA